AUGUUGCGCGUUCAGCAUUCGCUCAAGUCUAAAGAAUUCUUCGUGAAACUCGCCACCGGCAAUAAAGCCUAUUUGCAAUAUCAAGAGCUGCCAGGCAAAAUUUUGGACUUCCAACAUACAUUCACUCCAGACGAAGGUAGAGGAAAAGGAUUGGCAAAGCUUCUGGUGUCGGAAGGUUUCAAAUAUGCGGCUGAGAACAAAUUCAAAGUAGAACCUACUUGUACUUAUGUGUUGAAAUACGUGAAUGAAAUGGCUUCUGAGGAGGAGAAGCAGCUGUCCACAACUUAUCAGAGCUCUCUCUGA